AUGGAGCAUCCUAACGUUUCAGACGCCGAUUUGUCAACUUUGUCGAAAGAAACGACAUGUAAUUAUCCAAACAAAAACAUUCAUUGCGCACCAUAUCUGUCGACCUUAUACAGCGAUUACUACUACUAUGCUGCCGAAAAGCACACUGCUCUCUACCUGUCCUGGGCACUGUAUUCAGCGUGGACGUUAUACGAAUAUCUGAAAUCGUUGCUAGAUGCCUUCGGUAACAUUUCCUGUCAGGAUUGGGGAUGUGACAAAUGCCAACAUGGAGGCAAAUGUAAACCAGGCAGACAUGGCCUUAACUACAACUGCCGAUGCAAAGGGCUUGUUGAGUGCCGCGGUGUAAGGAGCAUCUUUUACGCCUACGGGUUCACAUUUGGUAAUGCUGAAGUCUUAUCUGACUUUGAGAAUAAAAGAUACUGUCACAAUUUCUACAAACAACUGCAGAACGUAUUAAAUUCCAAAUGUUUCAUUGACCUCUUCCAAAAAUGUGACGAAUUCAUAUUCACCAUCAGGCAGCCGUUUAUAUGGCUGAACAUCGCACUCUGGUCACUGUCCCUCUUCUACCUCAUCUGCGUGAUGGUUGGUCGCCUGGACGUUUUCCACAUCCGAUCCCAUCUCAGAUCACCCUCAUCGCACACCAUCACUGCGCAAUCACUGUUGGCUGCAGCGCAAGUCGGAAGGCUUGCCAAGAUAACUUAUCUACAACCGUAA